AUGGCGAUGCGAUACGGAAAGAAAAAGCCAGAGAAACAAGACAUGGCAUUCUACCUCUUCGCUAAGCUGCCUUACGACGUGCGAGAAAUAAUCUGGAAGUUGGCAGCUCAGUCUCGGACACCUGGCGCUCAUUUCUUCAGCACUUGGAAACUCGACAACCCCCUGCCAAAGGAUAGACUUGUCCUCGACAAGGAUACCGGGGAUAGAGGUACGCCCCAUUUGGCCACUCCACUGGGAGACAAUCCUUCAGCAUACAUGGUUGAGAGACGUCUCUGGAGAACCUGUCAGGAGUCCGCUGAAGUAAUGCUCCGGAUGCGUCACAAGCGAGCCAAGGAACGAAGAAAGAUGCGGGAGGAGAAGCGAGAUCCAGGUAUGCCGAUAUUCAGUGUUUUCUUCGAAGAAAGAAGACGAAUCACGCCUGCAGAAGGACAGACCACGCUUACAGACAGAUAUCUAGCGAUGCCCUUGGAGUGUUUCCCGAAGACUGAUUUGGUGUGUUUCGAGAGGAGAGACUUGAAAAAUCUCCUUCGCUGGAUGAAUAAUCGUAGUGAAAUGCCCAAAUUUUUCGAAAAGCGUUUCAUCAACUUUGGUCUUCGAUAUGACAAGGGAUGGGACAAGUUUUUUGGGAAUCCCCUUCCUCCGGAUACUGAAUGCCCAUACUACAGACGCAGAACAAUGGAUGGGAUGAUCUUCCGUGCCUGUUGCAAAGCUAGAGCCGAAACAUUCUGGAUGAUUGACUUCGUGCCUCGUCCCAGACCGGGAAGCGAAGCGCUUGUAAAACCUGAAUACGAAUAUCAUGGGAAUGGGAAGCGCUUCGUAUCGGUCGACGACAUCAAGUCAUGGGAUUUUCAGGGCUCACGGUCCUACGAAUUCAUCACCAGGCUUGGCAGAGCGAUCAAUGCUUGGGAAGCAGCUAUCGCUGGGCACGGUUGGAUCAGGGACUAUCAACAUCCCCCCAGGAAGAUUGGAGUUCUCUGUUGCGUCGAGUAA